CGGAAACGACUCAUGAUGAAAAAGUAAAAUAAAUAGUUUUCCAAAAGGGGGCUGCAAUUUUGGCGUGUUUCUUUUGUGAGAGAAAGAAGAAGACGACGAAGAAGAAGCGAGUGAGCAACACUUGUCAAGAAUGUCGAAUCUGUGGGCUAUUCUUGCGUUUCUCUUGAUCCACGCAGCUGACGGGUCGAUUCACGAGUACAACAACCAAGACUUCACCAAAAUCGCAAAUGCUCGCUACUUUUUUGGUGGUUCCGAAGGAAUCUAUGGUUCUGAGUUUCUGGAUGUUCAUCCUUCUUCUGAUACACCUCUGCUCAAGGGGAACUCCUUCAUCAGGUUUGAUGAUAUCACUUUUGUACGAACCAAAGAAUCUGCUAGCAAGCAGAAUUCCACUCAGGUGACUGCAGGCUUGGUUGAAGCGAUACUAUUUGAGGUGAAGCAGAAAGACAGAGUUGGUGGAUCUUUUUUCAAAUCUGAGGACAUGUGUUGUACGCCAAAACUUGCAGAUGCUGGUUCCUGCAAACUUGGCGAGGUUAUGAUUAGUGCAGAUCCUAAUGAUCCUGAAUGGCCUAAGCGGAUUCCCACUUUUUUCAAAAGGAGUGAGGAAGAGGUAAAGAUGUCUCCGGAAGCUGUGAUUAUAAAGAAAACUGGAUGGUACACUGUUUACUUCAUGACAUGUGAUCCGGAAUUGGAUGGCACCACAAUCAGAGGAAGAACAGUUUGGAAGAACAGAGGUGGCUAUUUAUAGGGAGAUAAAGCUCCUUUGAUGAAGUUCUACGCCUCCAUGCUUUUGGCUUAUGUGGUUCUUGGCCUACUUUGGUUUCCACAAGUUGCUCAGUAUUGGAAGGAUGGAAUCCAGUUGCACGGUCAUAUCAUGGUAAUUGUAUUUACCAUGGGUGAAUUGGCCUUCCUGUACUUUGACUUCGCUUAUCUCGACUCAGCUGGUACAAGUCCUAUGGAGGUUACAGUAUGGGCAAUAACCCUUUCUUCCAUGAGGAAGGCACUCUCCCGGCUUCUACUGUUGGUCAUAUCUUCAGGCUAUGGGAUAGUGAGACCUACCCUUGGUGGCAUAACAUUGAGGAUGCUUCUUAUUGGUGUCCUAUGCUUUGUUAUAAGCGAAUCUCUCGGGUUGGCUAUGCAAUUUGGGAAAUUUUCUGAAAAUGGAAUGACUUUCCUAAUGCUCUCUUGGGCUAUACUGGAAACUUGCUUUAUCCAGUUGAUUUUCAGAUCCUUGUGGAAAACGCUUAAGAAGCUUAAGCUGAAUAAGAGGAACAUUGCUAAGCUGCAGCUCUACAAGAAGUUUGCAACUAUGCUUGUAACCAUGAUGGUGCUCAAUUUUGCCUGGUUUUAUGUGCAGGUAUAUGUCUACAACUCUCUAAGUGAGUUUUGGCAAGUGAAGUGGAUGAUCCCAACACUUUGGUACUCUCUUUCUUAUGCACUAUUGGUACUGAUUUGCCUCUUUUGGCCUCCAUCGGAAAAACCAAUGAGGUACCUAUACGUAGCUGACAUGGUGGAAGAGGCUGAAGAAGAUGAUCUCUCCGUUGCAGAAACCGGUAUGAACGUAACAAAGGCUGAAGAUGGCGAUGUUGAGAGGUAUGAAAGGAAGACUCUUCUGGAAGCAUUCAUCAUAUUGCUUGGGAAUUUACCAGGGGAGAGGUGAAACCCCCAUCUUACAAAGUUACCGUACUUUUAGCUAAAGCUGCCUGCUAGUCAUCCAUUUUCAGCUUAAGCUACUCCUAACCUACGGCUUUUGGUGUGUUUUAAGUUUUUUUGAACUCCUAUAAUCUUCUCUGCAGUAAUCGGAUUUUCUGUUUCAUGAACUUGUUGGUAGUGGAACAAAUGGAAAAUGAAUAUUUUGGAACAAAAGAAACAGUUUUAAGUUGCAAUCA